UUGAGAUUGUCCUUCCACCUCUCUGUUCUCUGACAAGGCAGUGUUAUAUCACCAUUGUGAAUGUAGCUUUACCCAUUUCUCUGUCUCUUAAGUCUUACCUAUAGGAUCCCUCAUAGUUUCCGGAACUUCAAUAGUCUCAAGAAUCCUCCUCGCAAGAAUUUUCCUCGGUAGCCAAGCAGGACUUGCUGCACUAUUUACCUUUCAGGUUCUGAAGUUCCACAUGGAGACAGACAAUGGUGAUACGAACACGAAGUCAAAGAUGGAGGACUACGAAGUGAUAGAGCAAAUAGGAAGAGGAGCAUUCGGCGCGGCUUUUCUUGUUAUCCACAAGAUUGAGAAGAAGAAGUAUGUGCUGAAGAAGAUUCGCUUGGCUAAACAAACGGAGAAGUUCAAACGUACAGCACAUCAGGAGGUCACCGUACAAAAAACUUCAAUGAACUUAAUUGCAAAACUAAAUCAUCCAUACGUUGUGGAGUACAAAGAUGCUUGGGUAGACAAGGGAGACUGCAUAUGCAUUGUAACUGGCUAUUGUGAAGGAGGAGACAUGGCUGAGAUUAUAAAAAAAGCUAGAGGGACAUCUUUUCCGGAGGAGAAGCUCUGCAAAUGGCUGACUCAGUUGUUGCUAGCUGUGGACUACCUACACUCCAAUCGUGUACUUCACAGAGAUCUAAAGUGUUCCAACAUAUUCCUUAUGAAGGAGAACGACAUCCGGCUUGGUGAUUUUGGACUCGCAAAGUUACUUAAUGCUGAAGACCUUGCUUCAUCGGUUGUUGGAACUCCGAAUUACAUGUGUCCUGAGCUCCUUGCAGACAUUCCUUACGGUUACAAGUCUGAUAUAUGGUCCCUUGGCUGCUGUAUGUUUGAAAUUGCUGCCCAUCAACCAGCAUUUAGAGCCCCUGACAUGGCUGGACUCAUCAAUAAAAUAAACAGAUCCUCCAUUUCGCCGCUCCCAAUUGUAUAUUCCUCCUCACUGAAACAGAUUAUCAAGAGUAUGCUGCGGAAGAACCCAGAACACAGACCAACGGCAGCAGAACUUUUGAGGCAUCCACAUUUACAACCAUAUCUUCUCCAUUGCCGCAAUCCAUCUUCUGUUUUUCUACCGAUCAAGCCCGUAAACAAUUCCAAAGAAAAGGGAACAAGAAAAACAUUAUCUAGCAGGCCUAACAGCAACAAAGGCAACAAAGACAAAGAAGAUGGAACACUAAACCAGCUUGAAGGUAUUCAUCCAUCUGAGGGAAAUGCUGAUAUGCACCCAAGCAAAUUGCCUAACAGUGACAAGUCAGUGUCGACAGCUCGAGCAGAAGACAACCUUGAGACCAAGAAGGUAGAUCCUACUAGCUGUGCAGUUUUAAUAUCAGCCACCGGUUCAGGAGAGGGGUCAACUGAUUCUGAAGCACCUAUUUGCAAUGGAGACGAUCAAGUAGAUUUUAGAAAUGUACCUAAAAAGGAAAGAACCAACAAUGAGAUUAUGUUGGAGAGUACACUGAAUACACAGAAUAAGGAACGGGAACAAACCAGUGAACAAUUUAACCAAUUGCAAGAGGUUGAUAUCAAGAGUGUGGCCACAAAAGAAGAAGAAUCACUUAACAAGCAAAUUAAAAAAGAACCUGAGGCAGAGGCCAUGUGUGCUAAACUGGGGAAAUUUUGCAGCCAAGUUCAAGAAGAAGCUGAAACAGAGAGCAACCGUGGUAAACCCGGGAACCAAGUUCUUGAUGAAGCAGAAGCAGAGGGAGACGCUGUUAAACCAGGGGAUUGUGAGAACUUGACAAUGUCCAGUGCAGGAUGCACUGAUAAAGACGUAUCCCUUGAUGAUGAAAGUUCAUCAUCGCCUGAGCAUAUUGUUGAAAAUAAACUAAAUCUAGAAUCCAGAACUAUACAAGAAAGGGAAAGUCCUGAUGCAUACACAGAAGGCCACACAGUGUCUGGAAGUAACGGUACAGUUCCAUGUAAAGAGAACGAAAGAGCAAAAAAAGAUAAUAUUAGUUGCUCCAUGCAGACUCAGAGAGAUGACUCUCAUGUAAAUAAUCAGGCACCUAGUGAAAUCUCUUCACUGAGUACGCUUACUGGGAUUGGUGGUGAUGAAAUCAAAAGUGAGUGGGAUAAUCAAAGCCAGCAAAGAGCGGAUGCCCUAGAGUCUCUCCUUGAGCUCUGUGCUCAGCUACUUAAGCAGGACAAACUUGAAGAGCUUGCGGGGGUGCUAAGACCAUUUGGAGAAGAAGCUGUCUCAUCUAGAGAAACGGCAAUUUGGUUGACAAAGAGCCUCAUAUCUGCACAAAAACUUAAUGGAGGAACGUAGUCUUUGAGAGGUGAUUGGCAUUAACGUGUUAAUCACUUUAAGAAUGUUUUGCUUGAAUGUCUUAAAAUAAAGUGUACAUCAUUUACAUUGCUGUUUUGAUUGGAGAUAGAUUAUUGGAAUAACAUAUA